AUGCUCUCCGCUACACCCCCAUCCCCAUCUCCCCGUCUCCUCCUCCCCAACAACCACCUCACACACCGCGAUCCCCUCUCCCUCCACCCGCCCCUGACCCGCGCAACCUCAGCAUCCGAAAUAAACUCUAGAUCUCCCAUCUGCAGGUUGUUCCCGCGAUACGGCUCGCCGACCAACGCGAUAAAAGUCUUAUCGGCCGCGCGGUCAAACACCCCGUUAUGCAGCUGCGUGGCGGUGGGCAAGAGAGGGUCCCUGACGUACAGGGCUGGGCGUGGUGGCUGGUCGUUGUUGGCAAGUAUUAGGCCCGCCACGGGUAUGAUGAUGGUGUGGAAGCGGUUGGUGAAGCCGCUUUCGCGGAGGGUGAGAUCGAGAUACGCGCGCGAGGAGCUGAGGCAGAUUGCCGCCGACGCAUCGCAUCAUGUCGUGGACAGGGCGGAUGUGGACGCAUCGCGCAACUUUGCGGGUGUAGAGUCAGGCGCUGGCGAGCACUGCAUUGCCCUUCGAUUCUCGUCACAGGUCAAGAACCCUGUACAAGGCUUUACGUUUGGCAGGAAUGAAAGCCGGUGCGACAUCUGCCUCCGGCUCGACCCGCACCGACGUAUAAGCCAGGUACAUGUUCGCAUCUACCUGAGUGAAUCGGGCGACUUGAUGCUGGAGGACACAUCGACCAAUGGGACUGUGGUCGACCAAUCCCUCCUCAAACAGAAACACUCGUCCGUUGGGGCCAAGACCACGCUGAGCAACGGCUCGAAGAUCACAAUUCUCAUGCAUGAACCUCGUCGCGAUAUUGUCUUCUUAGUUCAAAUCCCGACUCGCGAUGGCUCUUGUCAAGCAACCUACGAACGCAAUCUAAGGCACUAUCUGGCAGGCCGGGCCCGCAAUGCUGCUGACACGAGCGAAACCGUUAUGCCCAGGCCAGGAGAACAGAUGGACAUUUUUAAGCCUGGCUCUUCGAGCCGCCUGGUUGGCACAGCCCGUGACGCCAAUCCUGCUGCCGUAGCUGACCGGGUGCGACUACAUGACGGUCUUCCAAGUCCAUGGGGCGGCUCGAACAGGUACCGUCGUAUUCUGGAGAUUGGCCAGAGUGCUCCCGCUACGGUCUACAAAGUGACCCUGCAGUCUACAGGGAAGAUAUUCGCGGCAAAGGAGCUCGAUAAGCGCAAGUUUAAAGCGCGGGAUUUUCCUCAGACGGUCGAAGACGCAAUACAAACUUUUCAGACAACUAAACAUCCGAAUAUCGUAAAAUAUGUCGAGCACAUCGACUGGGACGACAAGCUCCUUAUCAUCAUCACGGAAUUUGUUGGCCGGGGCAAUCUGCAGAACCUCAUCUUCAAUGGCCCACUGACGGAGAGCGCCACCAAGACCAUGGCGAAGCAACUGCUUAGCGCUCUUGAGUACCUACACAAGAUGAACAUCACCCACUGUGAUGUGAGGCCGGACAACAUCUUAAUCGACUCGUUCGACCCUUUCGUGGUGAAGCUCACCAAUUUUGGAAUGCCUAAAACGUUAGACGAGCAAAUCUUGCGCGGAACCUUUCUCUAUUGCGCACCUGAGCUCUACUCCGAAUAUGUCGAGUACGACGACCGUGGUCGCCGCCACCCGCGCAACCGCCGCCUCCACCACCUCCACCUAGCCACGGGCCCGCAACAUAGCCGCGAAGCUGACAUUUGGUCACUAGGCGGUGUUGUCUUUUAUGCCUUGACGAAGAAGCCGCCAUUCCCAGCGCGAGAAGGAGCCGGCGCCUCUGAACUCCUCCAUCAGAUCAUGACCAAGCCGCUGGAUAUCUCACCACUUUUAAGAGUCGACGUUACCGAGGAAGGGAUUAACUUUCUCCGCUGCAUGCUCAGCCAGCGGCCCAAAUUCCGGGUUACGGCUGGGUCUCUGCAAAAGCAUGACUGGAUAUUGGGGAUCUCUCAGGCCACGACUCUUGUGGAAGAGUUGGCGAGUAUCUCAGAGAAAGGGGCUCCCAGCGGACCCGAAGCUUUGCAGCCUGCACUAGAACCAAGCAUCUCUAUACAGAUGGUUCCAGUCGAGGGGUUUCCGGUAUCGCUGCCCGAUUUUGUCGACUAUAUAAUGGCUUCCCUUCCACUUCCUCUUUGGGAACCACCGAUUCCUCCCGGGAAGAUUCGUAGAUGUGGUGCCAAUCUCCACGACGAUUUCACGGAACUAGAGCCAGGCGCGCUGAAAGACCUGGAGGCGGAACUACGUGCUGCCAACAACGGUAAUUCUCAGCGCAGCCACGGCGUGAUUGACAGUCUUAAGAGAAGCUUCCUAGUAGUGUACAACCUGGCGAUGCUCAUGAUCAAUUCGAUGCGUCGAGGCAGCGCCAACGACGAUAUUCCCCUUCCACUCCGCAAUGACCCACCCCAAACCACCAACCCAGGAGCCUCCGAGAUGGACAUUCUCCAUCUUCUCUGCUGUAUCCAUAGUGGCGAGACAGGGACCAUACUUCACCAAGAACGCAUCACGAAUGCGAGCACAGACAGAGAACUCUUCGUGCUUCUGAAUGAUAUCUACCGGAAACGAAAGAGCAUCAUGUCUUGGCUCAGUCUGCGCCACCUCUCCAAGCUGCUCUUGACCAGGUUCGAGCUCGACUUCAGCCGCUUCGUCCAGGUCCACCUCCACAGCAAGGCCUGCCAGUCAGCGAGCUGCGUCUGCCUCCCCACUCCCGACCGUGUCAUCGGCAACGAAUACCGCUGUCGGCCGGCGCCGGAGGUCGAGCCGAAGCAUGUGCCGGUCUUCGGAGACAACUACCUGAUCCAUUACUUCAAGUCUCCGAAGUGCAUUUCCGAAAUGCAGACGACCAUCUUCAACCAGUUGCCCAAGCGCGCGUGCGGGCAGCUCACGGCGUUGCAUGAGGAGUCGGCCCUGGGGUGGGGGUUGUAUUUCGAGGAGGGGUGGCACUGGAGGUCGAUCUACUUUAUCACUGUUGUCUUGAUCGUUACGGGGAGUUUGCUGCCAGGUGGGCCAACAGCGCAAUUGAAUUCUUCCCCAAAGCCAUCUUCACAGCAGUGUUACUGCCACAGCAUUAACUUUCCGCUUCCAAUUAACGGCCUGCUGCCGCUGAGCCUGUCAGAGGAUGACUUCAACAAGAACCUGGCCAAGUUCAGAACACCGGGCCGGCAUCCAGAUGCAGCUGUAGAUUACGCUGUAGCAACAUGGAUCGAGCCUUGGAAGGCCACUCACGGGCUCCCUUGUCGGCAUAUUCUAUACCGACAUCUGACUGGCGACGAGCCAGUGACCAUACAGCAGAUUCACAAGCAUUGGUGGUUGUGGCGGCCGCAGGAACAACAGCAUGUUGGCGAUGAUGACAGUAGAAAUCCCAAUGUUGAAGUGGUUGGGAUUAUGCCGAUGCCAGACAUCCCGUUGGAUCCUCGUCAGGUGAAGGGCAAGGGCCGCCCUGUUGGGGCAAUUGCCACUACCUCUGCUGCUUCCAGGAAGAAGGGCGCUGGCGUCAACAGCACCAAGCGGCUGCCGUCAGCAUUCGAAUACAACAUCGAAGACGAACUAACCACGGCAGUACCGGCGCCGAAGCAGCAGCAGCAGCAGCAACAGGCCGGCGCGGCCUCAACGAAGCGAUUCGGGCCAGCGCCGCCGCCGCCAUCAACAGCGCCAGCAGCAUUGGGAUUAGGGCAGGGCCGAGCUAUUGAGGGCAGCAGCAGGAUAGAGCAAGUUCAGCAGGGACUUCGGGGUCGGCGCCGUGAUGCCGAGUGGAGCGCCCAAACGCAGACUUCCGUUGAGGACCGCAUUGAGGACUGUAUUGUGGUCGCCAUGACCUCGGUCAAAGGCGCCACAGCCAAUUCCAUGGUUACAAGUACAAAACUCGGUCUGCAGCGCCUGCGCCAGGUUGGGAGAGACUCGUACGAACCCGGCACAGCGGCACCGCGGGCCUCCAGUCGAUUCAUCGAUGGCCUAGAUGCCCUGGAUCCCGACAUUGAAGAUGACCAUGAUCGGGCGCUAGCGGCAGCCGAAGUAGCUGCCCGCGAGGAUCAGGAAGAUGCUGUUGCUUUGGGGAAUUAG